ACAACUACCGAAGAUGAAAAAUCCAGUCUUAGGUUUACUGUCAUUUCUUUUGGACAAGAUAUUGUUCUUUUUAAAACCAAAACCAAACUGCAUUUCAGUAGCUGACACAAAUGGUAAUAUGUACGAGACAUCGCUCUUUAAAAGAGGUGAUCUUCUGGAAGUUCCACGCACUCUCUUUGUCCAUUUUGGCAUCUACCUUGGGAACAAUCAAGUUGCACAUUUGAUUCCAGACAUUCUUCCAGUUUUAACUUGCAAAAAGACGUAUGUUGAGAAAGUUGUGACUAACAAGAGAUUGAUAGGAGGAGUGCUAGCUAAAAUAGCUAGUGUGAGAGUGGACAAUGUGCAGGAUUUUGCGUAUGGUGCUAUUAUAUUACUAAACAGCAUGGACCAACAUGUAAAAAAAACACCUCUUUCUAAUGAAGAAGUGGCUCAGAGGGCUGAGAAACUUGUGGGAACCACAUCUUAUAGCUUGCUGUGGGACAACUGUGAGCAUUUUGUCACUUACUGCAGAUAUGGAACUGCUGUGAGCUUACAGACUGACAAGUUUUGCGAGAUAGUGAAGAAGAUCAUUCGAGACCAAAGAAGUGUUGUGAUUUCGGCUGCUUUAGGAUUGGCAUUGACGCUUUGUGUGGGAGUAGGCCCAUUUACCACUCUUCCCAGCUUUCUUUUUACCUUCACCCUCUGGAUGGCUAGCUGAGCUGGAUCAUGUGUGACAGGACAAAGCAACCAGAUGAUGAAUGGCCAAAUCUGCUGUGAGCCUUCAAAAUGUACUACAUUCACUUCAGAAAACUUUCAUAGAAAUAGAAAGUAUUGGCCAAAUCUGUGAGUGAGAACACUGGAGAUCAGUAGCUUUGGGUACUGUAGUAUUGUAGCAUACUUAUGAGAAGAAUUUCCAACAAGAUUUUUCUUUAAAAGAUUUAUUACAAAGAAAUUAUACAAUUAAUGUUUUAGCACAGUGUGAAUAUUGUAUCUACCAGACUUAUAGACUUUAAAGUGUUGUCAUGAUGUGGAUGUUUAUGCUAUUGGUUUAGAAAUAGUUAGGGCAAGUUCACAUCACCAUAUUUUUUCUGUUGUUCUGAUCCAUCAGAAAGACAGAAAAAUAAAGUCCUGCAUUCAGGCCUUUUUUUUCCCUGUCUAAAAUAAUGGAUCCCUCAUUCUCUGGAACUCGCUACCCCAACAUAUCAGACUCUCACCUACAGUGGAAUCCUUCAAAAGAAACCUAAAAACACACCUCUUCAGCCAAGUAUACAACCAGUGACCCUGCUGCCUCUAUACCGCCGUGACCAGCUUCACCCUCACCUCCUGUGUCCUUCCUCCAUACCUCAUAGAUUAUAAGCCCUCAUGGGCAAGGCCCUCUCACCUUCCGUACCAGUUUGUAACUCGUCUUGUUCAUGCUUAGUGCAAUUGUCUGUAGAAUGUAUCUAUACCCCUUAUCAUAUGUACAGCGCCAUGGAAUGAAUGGCACUUUAAUAAUAAUAAUAAUAACAAUAAUCUCUGGUGGAAAUGGCUCAAUCUCUUAUUCUUUUUCUUUAUUUUUCUGUUCCUCUGACGGAUCAGAAGAACGAAAAAAUAAUGGUGAUGUGAACUCGCCCUUAAUCAGUUAGUUGAGCUUGGCAUCCAGUCAAAAAUCCAUAGAUCCAUGGCUAGGUCACAGAAGCUAACUUUUUAUUUUUGGGGAAAUCGUUGUCUACUUGCUCAGCUUUGAUUAACAUAUCUCAUUGUUACCAACUGGGAAAUUAUAUUAAAGAGACUUUUGUAGGGUUUCAACUAUUUCCAGAAACCAUGUCACAUAGGAGUGGGCACAUAGGCUCACGUUAUAUCAUCUGCUUAUGUCUUCUACGUUCCAUGCCAACUAGAUUUGUCAUAAACGUAUGAGUUAUCACACUCCACAUUUAUCAUAACUGAUACUGUACAUGUAAUUGUGUUCUGUGCCAUAUCACUAGCACUUUCUAAGAACUGUGCUUUUUCUAAGUAGAGAAAUUGGACAAUUGAACAAUUUUGCCGCUAUGAACUUCAGGUUUCUAACAAACACGUAUUAACUUUAUUUAAAUAAUGAACCAAUUUGUUAAAAAAAAUGUAUACCAUGUUAACAGUUGCUAAUGAAUUCCAAAGUAAAAGCUGCCUAAAUUAGAUAACUAAUAAACAUGCCAUGUACUUUCCCCUUAAAAAUGGUCUGUUACCCUGAA